CAUAAAUCCAAGGAUGGGGUUUUGUCCCUUCUUUCUGGACAGUGUGUUAGGUUGGGGGGCACAGAGUGCCGUUGUCCCAGAGGGCACAGCAGUUCUCUGUGCUUUAUAGUUCUCUGUGCUUUAUUUCCAUUUGCCUUCUUCUCCAGUGUCUCUCUCACUGAAUUAAAAUAACUUCCAGCUUUCAAUUUUGUUUCUCAAUGUGGUGUGCUUGCCACAUAUGUUUACCAAUGAAUGAGAAGCAUUAGGGCAAGAUAAAACCCCUGUAUACCAAAACAUGUCUCUGGUACGAUGACAUACCAAAAAAAGCAUUGCAGCCUAAAUUCAGCCUAAGGAUUGCAGGGGUGCACAUGUGUGUGCUUUAGGGGGUAGCACAAUGUCACCCGUGUCCCUGCAUCUUUGUGCUGGGAUAUCAGGGAGCAGCCACACGCUGGAGGUGUCAGAACAGCCCAGUGUGGGCUGUGUGUCCAGAAUGGCCAAAUCCUGUAGUGGUUGCAGGCGUUUUAAAGGGCCUCCAUGAAACCAAUAUUUCACCCUGCAGUUCAGCUCAGCACUGCUGUGGCUUUGCUGCCCUCUCUGGUGUGUUGACAUAGAGGUAUGGGUGAUAUACAGUAAAUCUGAGAAUUUUUUAAAAUAUAGUUUUGGAAGAAAUAGCAUCUUUUCACUCAGCCUAGUUUUUCAGUACAAGCAGAUCAUAGUUCCAUGAGCACUGGUGUUUGUUUGUGCUUUGGUGUGAGACAGCAAUUAUUAGAUAUUCCAGAACUGGUCUGAUACUUUGUGCUAAACCUGUUUACCUGGGUAUUUUUUCUGAAUUUCUCAGAGAUGGUGAGCUUAGACUAAAAUACAUCUGUGCAAUGGAAGCUUCUGUGUUUUCUACGGUCAACCAUGCUAGCAGGGUAGUUUAUCUGCAGCUAGAAAGAGAAGAAAUGUCUCAGUAGAGGCUGGAAAGUAUUUGUUUGAAUUGUUCUGGAUUUUAAAUGUAUCUUUCUGUAAACACUGUCUUUAUGGUAAAGGGCUAGGAAGGACUGACAUUGAAGUUCUUUCCUCAGCAGACUGAGUGCAGAAACAGUAACACUGUAGCUUUUGGAAAUAGUAUUUUGUUAAGCUUUCUGUCUUGAACAGAACCUUGCAUUUAUUCUUUUACAACUUUCAGUUUUGUGCAGUCACUUUAUGAGUGAUGUUAAUAUCUUUUCUUCAAGUCUUCCGUGCUUUAUAGGUUCCUGAUUGCUGUCAUUGCUGUUUGUCUGGACUCUUCCAGCAGUUUUAUUCUGAAUGUGCAGUGCUUACACCUUAAAAAUACCACGCAUCACAGACUAUGAACCUUGUUUUUCUUGACACAGAUGUGGACUUCCUUGGAGUCAGAGCUGCCUAACAGUAAGGCAGAUCUCUGAAGGGUGAGAAUUUAACACUCAAGAUGCAGCAUGUUCAUGGUUCUUCUGCAGGGCCCUUACUUUGGUGGCCUCAUCUGCCUUCAUAAUGAGGAGGCCAGUUAAAGAAUAAGUAUCAGCAUCCCAUAAUGAGGCCAGAGUCUGUAGCCUCAAAAGGAGGCUAACCACAUGCUUCCAAGGAUUUUAAAAACAUUGCUCAUUGCAUCAGAAGCAAUGUCAGCCUUUCACAUCAUCCUGGUACCUGUUCAGCUCCUCUCCAGGGCCUCCUCUGUGAGGCCUCUCCUCUCCUCAUCUGUAAGGUAUCCAGGAUGCCUUAAGUUUCUGGAAAUCAGAGUGGUGAGAUGGGGCCAACAAUGACAGCAUUCAGUUCAACUGACUGGGUUAGGGCAAGCCCAAAGGAAAGCUCCCAAGCUGUGGAAGGUGUUGGUGGGAAGCUGUCAACACCAACUCUGAUGCCCUGCUGAUGCAGAGCCUCUUGCAGAGCAGUACUGGCUGUUUAUGCCCAUUGCCUGACAAGCCACAGUUUACAAAAUGUAGUGAAGAAUAGCCUUAUGGUCUUUAACACAUUGGAGACUGAUUUCCUGAAGGGAAUUAUUAAAAUGCCUGGUUCUGUAUAGGAAAACUCAUGUACUUCGGGUCUGCAGUUUAAUCUUUUCUGCUUAUAUAUGUGCUUUAUGGCUGCCUGUUGAAAUACAUUUCUUAACUAAGAAGAGAUUUAAAAAAAUAUAUACUCUUCAUUUUUUCUUUCUAUUCUUGGCAGCAGUAUAACAGCCGUGGACACUUGAUUCAAGGUCCCAACUAGCUUACCUUUGAAAGUGCUGUCAGCAGAAUGAUUGCUGAGAUCACCAGCAUAGCACCAGUGUAUGGGGAAAUUAGCUGGAAACUUUUUGAAGGGCAUUUAAUGAAAUGCAGAUACUCCAGGGUACUGGUACAGUGUGUUCAUUUUACUAUGCCAUCAUUUUUCAAGUUGCAGUGACUAAGCAGAAGGAGGGAAUUCUGUAACAGUCACCUGAGAUCAAUUCUUACCACACACUAUCUGGUUUCCUUAAAAGAUUGCACAGGAUCACACUUGCAAAUCUGGUGUUGUUUAAAUCAGUGGCAAUGAUCCUCUUGACUGCCAUGGGAACCAAAAUGUCAUAGUGGCACUGUAAUACCCUUUGGCAGCUGAACCUACCAACCUACAGCAGCAGCUCAAAGUGACAGUGAAUUUUGAUGAAAAACAACAAAUACCUGUUAGGGACGAGUUGGGAGUCCCUCAAAGGCUAAUCCUUCUCGUAGUGUUUACAUAAAUGCUGUGGAACUGUUACCAUGUUGCAUCAUAGCAGAAUUAUUUUAUGAAGAAACUCUGACUCCAUUUCCUGGAGAUAAGGGCAGGUUAUCACUGCAAAAGAUGGUAAACCACGUUUGGAUCCACAAGUACUUUAAAGUAUUACCAUGAGUGGGUGAUGUGAAUUGAGGCCUAUUGAGGAUUCUAUCGAGCCAAGAGCAGAAGCAACUAAACUGAAUUUAACAUAUGCUUUGCCUAGAAUAGCUUUUUUUUUUAAAUCCUAAAGUAUUCUAACAAACAGAUGCAAUUUGCUGAUAUGUAUUAUUUUUUAUAGCUGUUUUUCUUCUUAAUUUUAUUCCUUUUGAGACAGGUCUGUCACACUAGCUCCUUCAUUUCCUUACAUUUCAAUUCCUUGGCACAUACAUUAUUUUAGUAUUUAGCAAUUUUAGUACAUUGUACAAUAGUACAGUGUAAGCAGGAGGGUUUUUAAGACUGAAUGUGUUUAGCUGCAGAUCAAUAGACAGUAAAAUAUUAAUGGAAACCACUCAUCCAUAAACUUUACCUUCCUGAAAGAAGCUGGCAGUAAAGUUGUUGUGGAUUACUUAUGACCAUAACUCCAAAAAACUGCUAAUUUUUCUAGCAGAAGUAUAAAGAUUCUGUUCUCAAGCUGGUUUAUGUUUGAAUCCUCAAGAGAAUAUUACACAAACGCUUUUUUGAUUUGGCAGCAAAAAUAAAAUUACAAGCAAUCUUAAUCUAGUGUAAAAUCUAGUUGACUUCAGAAAAGAGACAGAAAUAAGAUAUUUGCCUAUAUUAUCACUCUUACAAGGUAUUUUGUAGAAAUACUGAGUGGACUUUCUAGGCUGAAGAAAAGAAUAGGCUCAUUUUUCACUUUCUAUUAGAAAAAAAAUUAAUGUGGUCACUUUUUUUACACGCUAGUAUCUUUAUCAUGAACUGCUCCCACUCCUUAUUGUCAUGCCCAGUAAGUCUUAUCUAUGGGGAAAGAGCAAAGAGCAAAGGUAGACUCAUUUUGGAGCGAAACCCAGAGAUAAAACAGCAAGGAGGCUUCUGAAAGUCUUCACUUGAUUGUAAUCUAAUUAUAAGGAUAUUUAACUGUUACUACUCACAACAUGACUGCUACAUUGGAAAUUGUUGGAUUUGUUUUGUGCUUGGGUGGGUUGGCAGUUAUUGGAGCUACUUUGCCGAAUAAUUACUGGAAAGUCUCCAGUAUACAUGGUACUGUGAUCACGACGUCGACGUUGUUUGAAAACCUGUGGAAGAGCUGUGCAACAGACAGCACUGGAGUAUCCAACUGCAGGGAUUUUGACUCUAUGCUUGCACUGCCUGCUCACAUUCAAGCAUGCCGUGCCCUGAUGAUUACUUCCAUCCUUUUGGGAUUCUUAGCUGCAGUACUCUCACUGCUUGGUAUGAAGUGCACAAACAUCGGGUUGAGUGAUGAAGAUGGAAAAAUGAAGUUUACUGUCACAGGAGGAUUCCUUUUUAUUUUAGGAGGUCUCUGCUCCAUGGUGGCUGUUUCUUGGUAUGCUGCAAUGGUUACUGCUCAGUUUUUUGACCAACUGUACGCUGGAACCAAGUAUGAACUAGGAGAAGCUCUGUACUUAGGCUGGGCUGGAUCCAUUUUUUAUAUACUUGGUGGGAUCUUACUGACCUGUUCAUGCAGAGGGAAGGAAAAACAGAAUUACAGUCCCAAGAAGUAUGCAUAUUCAGCAGCCCAGGCAGCUUCUCAGCCACACAUGUACCCCAGGAGCUCUGAGACAGUCAUAAGCCACAAGGAGUAUGUCUGAGCUUCCAUUCUGCAUCACCUGUAGCGUUAGUGGGCUAUGAACUCCAGUAAAGAGGUGAACUACUUCUUUAUUCUGGUUCCAAGUUGCAAUCCUAUGCCUUAAUUUGGAGCAGUACCAGGAGGAGAUAUGGCUUUCAAUGUAAAUAGCAAUGGUUUUCCAAUGUAAAUAGCUUUCUACAGAAGAUGCCGUGACGUGAAAUCCUGUGGCAUGAAGGUUUUCUGCAUGCUGAGAAGCCUGGUAAAAUUUAACCAGAGUGCAGUAUAUGCUGACACUCGAGAGCAAUGGUUCCUAUUUCAGCUGACUCAAACAUGUGGAACUGAUAGCUGUAUCUGACUGCAAGUUCAUAUGCCUCACAGUUAGAAAUGUGUUUUGUUUUCAUUAAUGUUUAGCUUCCUUCUUUUGUGUAGCAGCUUAAGCUUUUGACAAGAAAUAAACUUUGUUCCACAGACUGAAA